AUGUCGGUUGAUUUACAACUUAUAGAGAGUAUUAAAAAUGAAGCCAAAACAUGGAUAGCAAUCCUGCAAAGAAUUCUGGACGUGGUAUUAUAUCUUGGAUUGAGAGGAUUGGCUUUUAGGGGCAGCAAUGAAUUAAUCGGCGAUCCAAAAAAUGGCAACUUCUUAGGUUCUCUACAGUUGAUUAGCCAUUACGAUACAAUAAUGCAUGAUCACUUGGAAAAAGAAUCUCAGAAAAUUCAUAAACGUCUACAAGUUCAUUAUUUGUCUCCAGAAUCACAAAAUGAAUUUAUUGAUUGUUGUGCAAGCCACGUUCGUCAGGUAAUCUUAGAAGAAAGAGCGAAAUAUUAUUCGAUCAUCGUCGACGCAACACCAGAUUCGGCACACAUGGAACACACGGUUUUCAUUUUACGAUAUGUUUUAUUGAAUGAGGACUUGCAUCGAUAUGAAAUUCAUGAACGUUUUUUAGAGUUUGCCGACUCUAACAAAAAAACUGAAAAAGCAAUUGCAGAGCUCAUUCAAGACACACUAAGAAAACAUCAAAUUCCUUUUGCAGAAUGUCGUGGACAAGGAUAUGACAAUGGGAGUAACAUGAAUGGACAAUACAAAGGAGCGCAACGAGAAAUUCUGAACAACAUCCCAUUUGCUAUUUUUUCACCUUGCGGUUGUCACACUUUAAAUUUAUGUGGCGUUCAAGCGGCUGAGUGUUGCUCACAAGUUCUAACAUUUUAUGGAGUUGUACAAAAGUUAUUUAAUACAUUUAGUUCUAGCCCUCAAAGAUGGGAAAUUUUACAAAAGAAGAUAGGCUGUUCAUUACACAGUCUAUCUCAAACUCGUUGGUCUGCUCGGGUAGAGUGUGUAAAACCUUUUGCAGCUCACAUUCCUGGAAUUACUGAAGCUAUUAUUGAAAUUGAGACGGUAAAUCUUACUCCUGAAACUAGGUUCGAUAUUAAAGGCACAAAAACAUACAUGGAGUCCUUUGAAUGCACGCUUUUAGCCUCGAUUUGGCUGAAAGUUUUAACUACAAUAAACUAUUGA